AUGGCCAACAAAUGUACUGGUCCCGCCUUGAAUGGUCAUGCUACCUAUAAUCGAGACUCUGACAAGAACAAAGCUACUCCUGUUGAAGGAGAAUUAUCAUCUUUUGAAGAGGACUCUAAGGACAUUGACGCAUUGUUGAGCUUGGAAGGUAAGGAACUAGAAGACCAUGAUGAGGAAGAGGUCAGCACUGCGAGGGCUAACGAAAAUUAUGAAAGUGUCUAUGACACUUGCUCCAGUUAUGGCUCAAAAUCAAAGAAAAGGUCAUCGUCAUCUGUUCGAAAGUCUUCUAGGAUCCAUGGUCACUGCAGCAACCCCGAAAUUAAGCACUGGGGAAUGAGGAGAAUGAUUAGGGUACUGGGAGGGAUCGUGCCUGGAGGCGGUGACCAAAUGGAUUCUGUCACCGUUUUAGCUGAAGCUGUGAGAUAUCUCAAGUCUCUCACGGUGGAGUCUUAG